UCCCUGAGCUCUGGCUGCAUUCCUGCUAGGUAUCUCCGUGGAUAUAUAUGCGGGAGCCCUUUGUACUGAGUGUCGACUGGAGGAAGAGCAAGGGGGUUGGAAAUAAACAGAAAAUGCUCGAGGAUUGAAGGUCAGGAGGAGCCUGUGGUACCAAACAUGUCUCGAGUGGAGAGUGACGUGCGACGGAGCGACUCAAUCAUCCCAUGUUUCAUCUGUAUUGAGUUGAUGAUUAUGGUCGGGACAGUCUUGCUUACCUACUACCUGGAAUUCACAGAUACCUUCUCGGUCCAUCAUCAAGGCUUCUUCUGUUUUGACAACAGCUUCACGAAACCAUAUCCAGGGCCAGAGGAAACCAGCCUGCUACCCCCAGUCCUGCUCCAGUCCCUGGCCUCUGCUGUCCCCAUGACAACAAUUGUUUUCGGUGAGUUAGCGGCGUUUGUCUUUCGGGCAGAUUUAGUCCGUGAGGAGAGAACGAUCGUGACUGCAGACUGCUGUUCCCUCAAUCCGCUACUUCGCAGAGUCAUCAGAUUUUUGGGUGUCUAUACAUUUGGCUUGUGUGCCACGGACAUCUUCGUGAAUGCUGGGCAAGUAGUGACGGGCAGCCCUGCACCACACUUCAUGACAGUGUGCCAGCCAAACUAUACUGCCCUGGGCUGCCAGCUCUCCACUCAAUUCGUCAACUCAGAGAAUGCCUGCACGGGGAGCCCGGGCGUCGUGUCUAGUGCCAGGCGUGCCUUUCCUUGCAAGGACUCCGCCCUCACAAUGUAUGCAGCGGUGUACACCGUGAUGUACGUCACAAUUAUGUUCCAAGCCAAGGGUACACGUCUGACUAAGCCCGUGCUCUGCCUCACACUCCUGUGCCUGACCUUUUUAACUGGAGUGGUGCGUGUGUCGGAGUUUCGGAACCACUGGUCCGACGUCCUGGUUGGGUUCCUCACUGGUGGGGCAGUGGCAUUGUUUCUGGUGUGCUGUGUUCUGCAUAACUUUAAGAGUCUGAAAUUGUCCCGGGAGAAUCCACGUGGCAUGCAGGAACCGGUCUGUGUGAAGCUUGCGCUCCCUUGUGUGGAGAGUCCACUCGAAAAAAUUGCUCAGCUGCAUUCUCAGAAGGUACGUGACCGGACUUCCAGCUUCUUCCCAUCCACGCCGGAUGUCCUGAUUGCCACUCAGUCCGUGAUGAGCGAAGUCUGAGCCGCAGCCCUAUCGGCAGGGCUGCGUGCAGAGCGUUUUGCAUGGUUUCUCUUCGCACAGCAGCAGUCUCAUCAUUUUAGAAUGGAGUCUUGUGAUUGUCAACUUCUUAGGAUUGUUUGCCUGGAAUUUUGUCUGUUUUUCUGGUUGGUUUUCAAUCUCCCCAUCUUUGGAAAUUCAGUGUUGGAAAGUCAUCCCUAGGGUAGUUGCUAACCCCAGUACAAACACAGCUAGUGCACGUAUUCAUGUGUCAGACAUCACUGGAGUUGAGUUGAAAACCUAUAGACGCUUAUAAAAUCAUUAGGGGCAUGGAUAGGGUGAAUAGCCAAGGUUUUUUUUCCCAGUUUAGGGGAAUCCAAAACUGGAGACUAUAGGUUUAAGAUGAGAGGGGAAAGAUUUAAAAGGGUCCCGAGGAGCGCCAUUUUCAUACAGAGGUGGUGCAUGUAAGGAGUGAGCUGCUAGAGAGGUGGUGACAGCGGAUACAAUUAUAACAUUUAAAAGGCAUCUGGAUGAAAAGGUAGGGUUUAGAAGGAUAUGGACCGAAUACCAGCAAAUGGGACUGGAUUGGCUUUGGAUAUUUAGUUGGCAUUGACUGAAUAAUCUGCUUCUGUAAUGUACAUAGAACAUAGAAAAAUACAGCACAGUACAGGCCCUUCGGCCCUCGAUGUUGCGCCGAUCCAAGCCCACCUAACCUACACUAGCCCACUUUAAACUCUAUGACUUUGUAAAUGCAGCUAGUUUAUUGGUGCGAGGCAGGAAUUGAAUGACUCUUUGCUUCUGGGAUUGUUUUGUUCCCUUGAGCAGUUUUAUUGCCUUUAGAGAGGUGAC